CGUGGUCUUCUCCUACAUGUCCGAGUUGAGUUGAACCCUCCAUUCCUUCACACCCCUCCUCCCUCUCUCCCACUAUAUAUAUAACACUUCUCAACUCUCUCUCAUUCACUCCUAAGCCUCUCCUCAAAUUUUUCAAACUCUCACAAUCCCAAAAAAGAUACCAACAACAACACUCUCGAAAACCAACCAAUUUCAAUUUUCUUUGUACAAAAAACACACUACUAUAGACUACAAGUGCCACUCUUCCAAAAACAACCAUGGCAGCAUCAAACACAUGGAUUAACACAAAACUCCCAUCAUCAUGCUCUUCUUCUUCCCCCUUCAAAGAAUUGGGCUCUAGCUCAACAAAUCCAACAACCUCAAUUACCUUGAAGAAGAGGUCCAACACAAAUUCCAACACCAUCUCAUGUUCCCUCCAAACACUCCACUUCCCUAAACACUACCAACAACCUCAAUCCACAAACACAAAAACUGCCACCACCACCCCAACAAAGGAAAACAAGUCUCCACCAUCCUCUGACACAACCAAACAACAACAAGUCACACCCCAAAGGUGGAACCUUUUGCAAAAAGCUGCAUCCAUGGCAUUAGACAUAGCCGAAAAAGCCUUAGUCUCACACGAGCGCCAACACCCACUUCCCAAAACCGCCGACCCAAAAUUCCAAAUUGCCGGAAACUUCGCUCCGGUGCCGGAGCACCCCGUCCAGCACUCACUCCCGGUCGCCGGAAAAAUCCCAAAAUGCAUUGAAGGCGUCUACGUAAGGAACGGCGCCAACCCCUUAUACGAGCCCGCCGCCGGCCACCACUUCUUCGACGGCGACGGCAUGGUCCACGCCAUCCGGUUCAAGGACGGUUCAGUCAGCUACGCUAGCCGGUUCACUGAAACUGAGCGUCUGGUUCAAGAAAAAGCACUUGGAAAACCGGUUUUCCCAAAAGCCAUAGGUGAACUCCAUGGCCACUCUGGCAUAGCUCGAUUGCUCUUGUUCUACGCUCGUGGACUCUUUGGUCUUGUUGAUGGAAGCCAUGGAAUGGGUGUUGCAAACGCUGGUCUUGUUUACUUCAACAACCACCUCUUGGCUAUGUCAGAAGAUGAUUUACCUUACCAUGUUCGUGUAACUCCAAAUGGUGACUUGAAAACCGUUGGUCGUUACAAUUUCAACGGCCAACUCAAGAGUACAAUGAUUGCACAUCCAAAGGUUGAUCCUGUUAAUGGUGAUAUGUAUGCUCUUAGCUACGAUGUUGUUCAGAAGCCUUAUCUUAAGUACUUCAAGUUCAACAGUGAUGGUGUUAAGUCCCCUGAUGUUGAGAUUCCUCUUUCCGAACCAACCAUGAUGCAUGAUUUUGCUAUUACUGAGAGGUUCGUGGUUGUCCCUGAUCAGCAAGUGGUGUUCAAGUUGAGUGAGAUGAUUCGUGGUGGUUCACCCGUUGUGUAUGAUAAGGAGAAGGUUUCAAGGUUUGGGGUUUUGGAUAAGAAUGCAAGUGAUGCUUCUGGUAUGAGGUGGAUUGAAGCACCUGAGUGCUUUUGUUUCCAUCUUUGGAAUGCUUGGGAGGAGCCUGAGAAUGAUGAGAUUGUGGUGAUUGGGUCUUGCAUGACCCCUGCUGACUCCAUUUUCAAUGAAUGUGAUGAGAGUUUGAAGAGUGUGUUAUCUGAGAUAAGGUUGAACUUGAAGACUGGCAAGUCAACAAGAAGACCAAUCAUUAAUGGUGAUUCUGAUCAGCAGGUUAACUUGGAGGCUGGGAUGGUGAAUAGGAACAAAUUGGGAAGGAAGACUCAGUUUGCUUAUCUUGCACUUGCUGAGCCAUGGCCUAAAGUUUCAGGCUUUGCAAAAGUGGACUUGUUCAGUGGGGAAGUGAAGAAGUACUUGUAUGGAGAACAAAGGUUUGGUGGGGAGCCUCUGUUUCUUCCAAGGGAUCCUAAUUCUGAGAGAGAAGAUGAUGGUUAUAUUCUUACAUUUGUGCAUGAUGAGAAGGAAUGGAAAUCUGAGCUGCAAAUUGUGAAUGCAAUGAAUUUGAAAUUGGAGGCUUCUAUUAAGCUUCCAUCAAGGGUUCCUUAUGGUUUCCAUGGAACAUUCAUACAUUCAAAGGAUUUGAGGAAGCAAGCCUAAUUGAUUGGAAUAUUGACCUCAGAUAUUGGUCUUUCAAUUGGCGUGUGCAUUGGUUUGUGAGGAGGGAUUUAACUGAGGGAUGCUUGCAGAUAUGUCCCCGGAAUCUCCUCCUCUGUUCUUUACAGCAGCAGAUGUUUUUUUUCUGCUUUCUUUUUCAUGAUCUUUUUUUAAUUUGGGGUUACUUCUUUUCUUUUUGUUAAGUGAGAGGUUUUGGGGGACCAGCUUGUAGCUUUUGGGUGUAGUUAGCAAUGAAGCUCAGCUGGUCUCUGCUUAUUCUUUCACUUGAUGUGCAUGUAAGUAUAAAAAUAAUCACAACAUAGAAUGUGAUAUAAUAUAUGUCUUUUA